AUGAGUGGCAAUAAGAACGAGGAGCAGCCUUUCUUGCAAGUCAGGGAUAAUGACAAUGCACCAAACACAAAAACAUCCUCGUACAAUACCAUUUCUACAACGAGCCCCCCUUCAAAAAACAAUCAAACCAGCAAAGAUGAUACCAACAAGGAACAUCAGAAUAUUGAGCUUGGAAGUGUUAGUAUCGGUAUACUGACUCUAUGCCUUGCGGUGAGUGCUGCAUUACCAACCUUGGAUGUAUCCAUCUGCUUUACAAUCAUGAGCGAAAUCGGCACAGAGUUUGAAAAGGCGCAUCUUGCUACUUGGAUCCACAACUCUUAUAUUCUCGCAUGCAUGACCACUUUGCCGUUAGCUGGGAAAUUGGCCGACCUUUUCGGCCGUAAACCUGUCCUCGUUGUGUUAACAUUGCUAUUCUUGCUCGGGUCUUAUGGCUGUGGGAUAUCACAAAACCUUGCCCAGAUUAUAGUAGCAAGGGCUAUAGCUGGUUUUGGUGGUGGUGGAGUGACACUCAUGGCUAACGUCGUCAUCCACGAUGUCAUUUCCAUCGACAAACGCAGCCAAUAUCAAUCAUUUAUCAGCAUGGUGCAAACACUUGGUAUUGCUGUUGGAUCUCCUCUUGGCGGGUUUAUCACUGACACAUUUGGAUGGCGAUAUUGCUUCAAGCUCAAUAUCAUCCCCUUACUUUUCAAUGCAUACAUCUACUUUUUUCGACUCAACAAUUAUCGCACGCCAAGCAUGGUAUCUAAUGGGACCAAAAUCAUGGAUCAGCUACGAUCAAUUGAUUUUUUGGGCGUGAUCCUCCUAUCAGCAGCGAACUCUUUAUUGGUCACCUCUUUCUUGUUUGGUGGCAACACUUAUGAAUGGGAUGACCCAUUGACCAUUUGUUUGCUGAUUGGGUCAGGUUUGGCAUUCAUUCUUUUUGGGCUUCACCAAGCAUAUGGAACACGACAUCCUCUGAUAUCGCAUACAUUGGCCACCAAUCGCAAUGCGGUGGUAACUUGUGCUGGGAUGAUCUUCAUGUGCAUAUGCGAGAGUGGAUUGUCGUAUUCACUUCCUCAAUUUUUUAUGGGGGUGCUGGGUUUUACUACUUCCGAGUCAGGUCUAUGGACAAUGGCAGAGGCGCUUAUCGUCCCCGUGGGUUGUUUCACUGCUGGGCAAUACAUUCGACGCACCGGCUAUUUCAAAAAGUUCGUGUUCGUCAUUGGCGCUCUUUAUGUUGUUGGGUGUGGAUCGUCAAGCCAAUGGAUGAUAAGAGCGUUGCCUUUCUUUGUCGGCAUGUUCUUUGUCAUCAUCCAAGGUUUUAGUUAUGGCGCCAUUCUCGUUUCAUUGUUCAUGUCAGUUGCAAGAGAUCUACCCGGAUAUGAGAUGGCAUCAGCUAUGUCAAUUGCAGUCUUAUUUCGUUAUAUGGGGUUUUCCCUCGGCCCUGCUUCAGUCGCUGCUAUUGUACAAGGAAAUCUCAAAUCAUUGCUUACCGAGAAAAUCACAGGGUCUGAUGCAGAGGAGCUCAUCAAAUUCAUUCGGACAUCCAUACGAAAAACAUAUACAUUAUCGCCUGAGCUUCAAGAGAUCGUGGCGGAUGCGCUUGGCAAGUCGUUGCAAAAGGCCUUUUUCCUGAUGACAGGCUCCAUGUUGAUUGCCACGUGUGUUUUCCUCCUAUUGAAGAAUAUCAAUCUCAAAGCUGCUGCUGCUGCCCAAAAUUAA